AUGUACUAUUCCCAGCAUUCGCUCGCGGUGCUUGUCCUGCACGCCGCCGGAGUCCACGGGGCCAGUCUGGCACUAUUCCACCCUUGGAACGCCAGCGAGUGGAUCGCAUCAGACGACGGCAUCCGCGGCGGCCUGAGCCGGUCCCGCCUCGAAGUGAUCCAGCCCGGCUCGCCCGGGAACCUGCUGGGCGACGAGGCCAUCGCUAGGUUCUCCGGCAACCUCGACUACGAGGCGCUCAACGGCAGUGGGUUCGCAUCGCAGCGGACCGUCGACGGGUGGGCCGGGGCGGACCUCUCCGCCUUCGACAGGUUCAUCAUCGAGGUGCCGUACACGGACGGCAAGACGUACACGCUCAAUGUGAAGGAUACGGUGCUCCCGCCUGUCAACGGGGUCGAGCAGGCGACGGUCAGCUGGGAGCAUGACUUCCAGUUGCCCCCUCGGGACGCGGCUGCUGCGGCGGAUGACCGUUAUGGCCAGGCCGUAGUUAGGUUCGAGGACCUGGUCCCCACGUAUCGUGGCAGGGUGCAGAAUGAUACGGCGCCUCUCAAUCUCGGAGACAUCAAGCGCUUUAAUAUCAUGAUUCGGAGUUUCUUCGGCCAAGAGUCACAGGCGGGAGAUUUUGACCUUGGGUUGAAAUCGAUAUUGGCGACGGAUUCAGACACUGUUUGA